AGAAGAAGAAGAAAGCAUUUGAGUUUCAGAGCUGUAAAGAAAAGAAAAGAAAAGAAAAGAUCUCACCCUCCAUCUCCAUUUUCAACAACCUUUCUGCUUGGUUCGUAUGAUUAUUGCUUGUGGGUUCUUGCUAGAUGAAGGCCAUGCCCUUUCCUUACCCUUUUGAUGACCUUCGUUCAAAUGGGGUUUUGAAUUUUUCCUCUGUUUCCGAUUCUUCGCCGCCUCCCUUCCGCCGUCACAACCACCGUCAAUACUGGAGUUCUACUGAUAACACUAAUCUGCUCAAACAGAUUUGCUAUGUGGGUGCUGCUGAACCCACCUCUGUUCUCGACACUAGAAGAAGCCCAAGCCCUCCCACUUCCACUUCCACACUGUCUUCCUCUCUCGGCGGCGGCUGCGGCGGUGGUGGUACUGCCUCCACCGACACUACCGUGGCGGCGCCGCAGUCUUCUCUCCCUGAAAACCCUUCUCCUUUAGAUAAAUGUGGCGGCGGAGGCGGCCUUGGAAUGGAUGAUUGGGAGAGCGUUUUGCCGGAAUCCCCUGGGCAAGGACCUUCCAUUCUUGGGUUAAUUAUGGGCGAUGUGGAAGACCCAUCUCUUGGAUUGAAUAAACUCCUGCAGAGCGGCGGUGGGGGUGGCGGUGUUGGUGGUGGUGGUGGUGGUGGUGAUUCUCAUCUGGACUUGGAAUUCUCCGGGAGUUUUUCCGGUGUCGAUCAUGGGUUGGUGUUCGAACCCAAUACUCUCGCCGGUGAGUCCAUUGUCGACCCUUCUCUCCAAGCCCCAUCUUAUGCUAGACUUUCCGCCGCCGUGUCGAACUCGAACGCCAUGUUUUCCGGCGUGUUUCAGAAUCAAAAUCAGCUGUCGGAAACCGUUGACGAGAAGCCACAGAUUUUCAAUUCUCCCCAAGUUAUGAUGAAUCAAAAUCAAACCCAGUUCACUCAUAAUCCACCUCUGUUUAUGCCUCUUCCUUUUGCCUCUCCCGGCCAAGAUCACCACCAGAACCACCACCACUUCCUCGGCGGUGUCCCGCCGACAAAAUGGUUCAAUUCCGGUCCGAUUCCACCAAAUUAUCCUGUGAAAUCACCAUUUCUUGAUUCGGGUCAAGAAAAUAUCAAUCGCAGACAGCAACAACAACAACAGCCCCAACAAGUUCAGUUGUUUCCUCAUCAACAGCAGAGGCCAUCCAUGGCGGCCUUGGCCAAACAAAAAAUGGUGAAUGAAGACAUAGCGAAUCAACAACUCCAACAGGGCAUCUCCGACCAGCUAUUCAAGGCCGUAGAGCUGAUCGAAACAGGCAAUUCAGUUCUCGCGCAAGGGAUAUUGGCGCGGCUCAAUCACCAGCUCUCUUCCCCUAUUGGGAAGCCCUUUCAAAGGGCUGCUUUCUACUUCAAGGAGGCCUUGCAAUCGCUCCUUCAAAACCCAUCAAACCCCUCCAAUCCUUCCCCUCUCAGCAUCAUUUUCAAAAUCGCCGCCUACAAAUCCUUCUCCGAAGUCUCCCCUGUUCUCCAAUUUGCCAAUUUCACCUCAAACCAAGCCCUCCUUGAGGCCUUUAACGGCUCCGGUCGGAUUCACAUCAUCGACUUCGACAUCGGCUACGGCGGUCAAUGGGCUUCUCUAAUGCAGGAGCUUGCCUUAAGAGGACCCCCAUUUCUCAAAAUCACUGCCUUUGCUUCCACUUCCACACACGACGAUUUCGAGCUCGGUUUCACUCAAGAAAACCUCAAGAAUUUCGCUAACGAUCUCAACAUUGGGUUCGAGCUCGAAAUCAUAAACAUCGAGUCUCUCAAUUCUGGUUCAUGGCCUCUUGCUCUUUAUGUCUCUGAAAACGAAGCCAUUGCAGUGAAUCUCCCCGUUGGUUCCCUUUCAUUGCCAAUGAUCCUCCGUUUCAUAAAGCAUCUUAACCCGAAAAUCGUAGUGUCUGUCGACCGAGGCUGCAGCCGGGUCGAUGCGCCAUUCCCCCACCGUGUUAUCCACGGUCUGCACUCAUACUCAGCGCUGCUCGAAUCCAUGGAAGCUGUAACAGUAAAUAUGGAUGCCCAGCUGAAAAUUGAAAGGUACUUGGUGCAGCCAUGUAUCGAAAAAGUGGUGACGAGUUCUCAAUGUUCGAACGAGAGGCUGCCACCAUUGAAAUCAAUGUUUUUGUCAUCCGGGUUUUCGCCAUUGACAUUCAGUAACUUCACGGAGUCGCAGGCGGAGUGUCUGCUACAGAGGACGCCAGUUCAGGGGUUCCAUAUCGACAAGAGACACUCCUCGCUUGUUCUAUGCUGGCACCGGAAGGAGCUCGUUUCAAUCUCUGCUUGGAGGUCUUGAUUUUUCAUUUUUAUGCCAUUUUACUUUGUCUAAUCAAGAUCAAUAUCAUUAUCAAAUUUAUAAUUGUGGGUUUUUUUUCUUUUUUUUCUUUGGGUUUAUCCAUUUUCUUAUGCUAAUUGUCUAUGAAAACUGAUCGUUCUUAAUCCAACUUCAAUCUCUUUUGGGGUUUUUCCUUU